AUGUUAACUUUAAGAAAUUUUACGCAAAGUCGAUGCUGUUAUUUAAUCCCUCGUAUCGGUGCUAACUAUUUAAGUCACUCGACAUUUGCUGACACAUCUGAAAAUAAAGCAAGUUAUUUUCAUAAAAUCUCUAAUAGGCCAAUAAAGUAUCAGAAUAUUGGUCAAAUACUAAAGGAGGCUUCAAUUAAAUACUGCAACCGUGAAGCUUUAGUGUCAUGUAGUGAGAAUUCAAAAAUAACAUUUUCCGAGACAUUGGAUAAAGUAGAUCGCCUCGCAAGUGGAUUGUUGAAUCUAGGAUUGAGUCGUGGUGAUUGCGUCGCAAUUUGGGCAUCAAAUUAUGAAUUUUGGUACAUCAGUUCACUUGCUAUCGCUCGAGCUGGUUUGAUAUGCGUUUCAUUAAAUCCAGCUUAUCAGAUUCCAGAACUUGAUUAUUGUUUGAAAAAAGUUAACGUGAAAGUGAUAAUUGCUGCUGAAUCAUUCAGAAAACAAAAACAUUACGAAAUGCUUUCAACUUUACUUCCUAAUCUGAAACAUUCAAAGGGAGGUGUCAUUGAGAAUAAGGAAAAUUCUGUGCGACAUGUGAUCAUUCACUCAGACAAGAAACUUCCUGGCGUAAUUUCUUUUAAUGAAAUACUUUCAUCAUCAUCUGAAAAUGAUGUCAUUGAAGUGGAAAAGAUUCAAUCGAAAAUUUCACCAGAUUCAGCUUGUAACAUACAAUUUUCAUCAGGUACCACUGGUCAGCCGAAAGCAGCAGCUAUAAGUCAUCUCAGCAUGAUCAACAAUGGUUAUGAUCUUGGCAUACGACAAGCUAUGCAUCAGAACUACCGAAGAAUAUGUUUGAAUAAUCCAUUCUUCCAUGCAUAUGGUUUAGUUAUUGCCAUGAUGAAUGCUUUAAAUCAUGGUUCGACCCUCGUGCUUCCAGCACCUCACUUUGAUCCUAAACAAUCAUUAAUGGCUAUAAAAAAAGAGAAAUGUGAUGUCAUUUAUGGAACUCCUACAAUGUUUGUUGAUUUGGUGACAGCACAACGUGAACUGAAUUUAGAUCUUCCUGAUGUAGCAAUCGCAACAACAGGUGGAGCAAUUUGCACUCCAAAAUUAGUUCAAGAUAUCGAAAAGGUGUUAAAAGCUAAGAAGAUUGUCUCAAUUUAUGGAUUAUCUGAGACAACUGCCGGUGUUUUCAUGUCUUUACCUAAUGACGAUAAUAAAAAUGUUCAAACAUUUGUUGGUCAUGUUAUGGAUCAUCUCGAAACAAAAGUUGUUGAUAGUGAGGGAAAUGCUGUUCGAUUUGGUGAACCAGGCGAACUUUAUGUUAGAGGCUACAGCACAAUGCUUCGAUAUUGGGAUGACCAGUUGAAGACAAAAGAAAUUAUGGGGGAUGAUAAGUUGAAAACUGGCGAUCAAUUCAUUCUCUAUGAGAAUGGUUAUGGAAAAAUUGUUGGAAGAUUGAAGGAGAUGAUCAUCAGAGGUGGUGAAAAUUUAUAUCCACGUGAAAUUGAAGAUUUUCUUAAUUCUCAUCCUGAUAUAAUUGAAACGCAUGUGAUUGGCAUUCCUGAUGAGAGACUGGGCGAAGAAGUUGCAGCAUUUAUCAGAGUUAAGGAUAAUUCGACACAUGUGACUCAAAAUGAUAUCAAAGAAUUUUGCUCAGGAAAAUUGGCGCACUUUAAAGUUCCACGCUUUGUGAUUAUUGUUGACGAAUUUCCAAGAACAGUCUCGGGAAAGCAUUUGCAUAGUUAACAACAAUCAAUUAUUGAUACAACGUUUGAAAGUGAAUUUGUCAAAACUCACAUUAAAAAAAAAUGUGAAGAACUUCGUCAAUGGCCAGCAAUUGUCUGCCCUCACAGCAAGAGAAACAUUGGAAUCGCAACAGAGAAAGAACUUCCACACAUUGCUUUGAUUCAUUUGCGACCAAACAACAGAACAAAACAUGAAAGAACUGAUACGAAAUGUGUUGGGUCUCUGAUAUCUGAUCAAUUUGUGUUAACUUCAGCAUCUUGCUUUCCAACAUCAUCUGAAAAUAACGAUUUCACUGUGAUCGUACACUUAGGAGCUUUAACUUUCAAUUCAAGUGAUGACAAAUCAAAUGCAUUUUUAAUUGAAAGUUUCAGUACAAAGUACGACUUGUCAUUGAUCAAACUUCAGAAGAAAGUCGAUUAUUCUGAUCACAUCUUUCCAAUUUGCUUGUUUACUGACACUUUCACAGCAACUCAGUCUUAUUUGUUAUCUGGUUGGACAGGUAAUUGGCUUGACUGUAGUUCUAAGCUUAAAAAAUGGGUCAUUGACAGCAGUUUAGUGAAGCAUCAACAAGUCGAUUCGAGUGUGAAAAUUAACAAUUCAUCGAUUAUUAAUUACCAUGAAAGUUUGAUGAAUGGAAGUCCACUUCAGAUUUAUCACCCCGAUGGUUCUUGUCAAUAUUCGUUGAUCGCAUUGUUCGAAGGAUUUUCCGAUGACGAUUACAAGUUUAAGAACAUUCAACAAGCAUUGCAAUGGAUUGAUUUUGUUGUUUGGCCAAAACGAGUUAAUCAAAUGAGUUUGACGGCUUACAAAAUAAUGAAGAGAGAAUUGAAUUGCAUCACAAAAUUAAAAUCUGAUUAA